AAAAUCCGCUGGUUUAUAAUUUAAUAAUUCGUAAUGGGCUCCCCUGCCCCUCCCCAAACCAUGAGCUCCUCAGCUCCUCACCCACUGUUUUCACUUCUCCCACACCCACACCCACACCCACCCCCACCCCUCCCUUAGCCUUUCCCUUUCCUCAGCAGCUCUAUACACUGCACUCAUAUAUUCCAUAUAUGUAUGUGUAUAUAUAUAUCCCACUCCCCCGCAGGACUCCUCAUCAAUCAAACAAAGUACUUCACUACAACAAACAACACAACUCGAGAGAAAGAAGAAGAAAAGGGCAGGGGAAAAAAAAAACGAAGGAGAGAGGAAGUGAGAGAUGGGUUCUGCGAACAAGGGAUCGUUGAUUGUGGCGGCGAGCUUGGGCGCCGUGGAGGCUCUCAAGGACCAAGCCGGGCUUUGUCGCUGGAACUACGCGCUCAGGUCUCUGCAACAGAGAGCCAAGGGCGGCAACGCGGGCUCUCUGUCCCAGGCCAUGAGGGCCUCUUCUUCUUCUUCCUCUUCCUCUUCGGUCGAUCGGAGGAAAGUGAUGGAUCGGGAGGCCAAGGCGAGGAAGGAGGAGGAGUCGCUGAGGACGGUCAUGUAUUUGAGUUGCUGGGGUCCUAAUUGAUUAGCUAGCUAGAUCCGAAUUUGUUACUUGUUGUAUUUAGAACGAACCAGGGGAACGGUGUUGUUUUGAUGCAAUUAAUAUUACUGUCUACAUACGAACCAACCAGUCUAGUAUUGUUCUUAAUUAAGUUGGUUUUGAUCUCUGCACCCCUGGGCCUGGCACUUUUGUAACUAUCGAGUUCUGAGAGUAAUAUAUAUAUAUAUAUAUCUCUUGAAAAUAUUUUAUUUAUAUAUUUUUCUACUUUGGUUCA